AUGGCGAGGAUCAAGCAGGGAGUGUUCUCAUGGGAGGACGUGAUAGCCCAUCGGUACCAAAACAACAAACCCCCAGCCAUCCCCCGCCCCCGCAGACAAAGCGCCCUCUCCACAUCGACCUCCACCGCGCCAGAAACCGAUCCGAGAAUAAGCUGGGACAUCCAGCCCCAGAGCGCCCUGCUCUCGAACCUCUCGCCCGAGCUACGCGUCAUGAUAUGGGAAGCAGUCCUGGGCGGCAUGCGCAUCCACAUAAUCCAGCGCUCGGACAAACGCAUGGGACACGUCGUAUGCCCUGCUCUCGAACCCGACGCCGAACCCUGCGAUAUCUGUCGCGGCGGCUUACCACCCUCGAGUUCUGCCUCCAGCAGCCGCAGCCGCCGCAGCAGCAGCGGUAGCGACAGCAGCGGCGGCAGGGAAGGCUCAGGCUCGCGCUCCCCACACCUCCAGAACAAAACACACCUCCUCGCCCUCCCCACAACCAGCAAACAGAUCUACACCGAGUCCAUCCACCUCAUCUACACGCUCAACACCUUCGAGUUCAGCAACACCUGGUCCCUCACGUACCUGCGCCCCACGGUCCCCGCGGAUCUCUGGGACAGCAUCCGCACCGUCGAGCUGGCCUGGGCGUUUCCCGGCCACUGGCUGCCGAGCAAAGACCCGGUCAAGUCGGUGUACUUCUCCGCGGGGCGGACGCAGUGGCUUGAGACGUGUGCUGCGAUCACGCGCAUGAAGGGGCUGCAGGAUUUCACGCUGCAGCUUAGCGGUGCGUGGUUCUGUGAGAGUGUUGAGAAACUGCCGGUUUUUCUGGAGCCCUUGAGGGGGUUGAGGCUUGUGGGACGGAAGAAGUGGGUGGUUGUCUUGCCGAAUCAGCCGGUUUAUGUGCAGGAUGUGCGCAGUGGGUUUGUAGAUGGGGUUUUGGGGAAGAGGGGCGUUGAGUGUAGGGUUUUGGUUGGUUGCUGA